AGGACGGUUCGUUUGAACGUCUCACCAGCACAAACGGUGGAACAAUCAUCGUGUUAGUACGGACUUCUGAUUCAUCACUAGGUAGAGCGUGAUACUCCCCGUUUUCGAGUCCCGUACUCCUAUUAGGAAAAAGCCCACUUUGAGUGCCCGCUUUUUACCCCUGGUGUCCACGUUGGGGGCCACGUACUUUUUCCCUUUGGAGCAUAGAGAGCUCUUUCUGCGCCGCUACGGCAAUGUGAAUGCACGUUUUUAGGACUGCUGGUCGCAUCGUGAGAUCCGCUUGAUCGCCCCCAGGGCUUGGUACUUAUUUCCACCCGCGAAAUCUCGGCCUGAAUGCGCGUCGUAAAGGCCCCAAGGGCGAUAGAGGGGCGGAGCGGGUUUAAUAUCUGAUUAUCAAGGGGAUUGGCCAAGUCAUUUUAACCCGCAAAGCACGGUGCGAUGAAGGAGGGCGGGGGCUUGAAUUGGCGGACGUUUCUUGUGCUAAGAUGCCCCCUGGUUUGAAUCUUGGAUUCCGGAGUACUUGACUCCCUCGUCCUGCCUCUCAUCUCGUCUAGUUUGGUUUUCUCUUUGGUGCUGCCCCGGUUACAUUCUCUUCUCUAGCCCUAUCGUUGGGUAUACCUCUCGUUCAACCACUGCCUUUCUAGGCUUGAAAGUCGCUCUUUUUCUUUUAUCACGCUCAUUCAUUCUUCGCUCUUCCAAGGCUGAGCCUGGCUCCUAUCUUUCUCUGAGAAUCGAGAAUCGGAUAGAGGUUUUUUUUGCUGCCUACUACUGCCUCCACCACCCUCGCUGUUUGUUUGGCUACGUCACAAAGAACGCGAUUGAAGAUCAAACGGUAAGUGGCAUGCCAUGAUGAUGAGCUUAUCCCGCGAUUGCCCCUCCUCCCGUGUGUGUCCAGUGCUGUGCCUAGGAUAGGCAGUCCCGAUGCAAGGGGAACAUUCCUCUCCUUUCUAAGGAGAGCACUGAGCACUUCACCUUGACCUUCCAAGUUCUCCAAGAUGAUAUUUGGAGCCUUGGGAUGAGGAUCGACCGGCCCAACUCCAUCGCUCCGUCGACACCACCCUCUUUUACUUUCUUUCAACGCGCUCGCGUAUCAGACCGGUUGAUUCGGUCCUCCUGGAGAGUUUCUGGCAUUCAGUCGUUCCCUACCUAGGUCGUCAUUCGUUUCUAUCAAACACCAUUGUGGACGAAGCUAGAUUGCUAUCGCCAUGAUGCAGGACCUUCGCUUGACAGCGGCCUUGGUCGCCUGUCUUACCCUGUUCCCAGCCUUUACUUCUGCGUUCUGGCGCCUUCCCUGCCGUGGGCGAACUGGCGUCGCCCGGCUGGACCCCAUCGUUGACCCCGGCGAGAUCUCUUCCCACGUGCACGCGAUUCAUGGAGGAGGAAGCUUCAGCAUGAACUCGAACAUGCAGACUCUGCGCGAGUCCAGCUGCACGUCGUGCGCCGUGACGCAAGACUUGUCUGCAUACUGGACGCCCGCGCUUUAUUUCAUGCACACCAACGGCAGUGCUGAACUGGUCGACGAAGUCGGAGGCAUGCUUGCAUACUAUCUCCUGUACGGAGACAAUGUUACCGCGUUCCCCAGCGGCUUCCGUAUGCUGGCCGGUGACCCCUUCCAGCGCAACUUCACUUGGCCAGUUCCCGAUCCCCCCAAGUCCUCGUGGUCCGGUGAUCAGCUCUCCCAGACGGCUCUCCGUCAGAAGGCCCUGGGCUUCAACUGUCUUGACUACGCCGGGACUGCCGAAGCCUCGCUUUACCGUCACUACAUGCCGAACAAGACCUUCCUCGAUACAAACUGCCCCGAUGGACUCCGCCUGGAGCUGAUGUUCCCUUCCUGCUGGAAUGGAAAGGAUGUUGACUCGACCGACCACAAGUCCCACGUUGCCUACCCUGACCUCGUUAUCACCGGUACUUGCCCCGAGGGCUUUGAGACGCGUCUUGUCUCGCUGUUCUACGAGACUAUCUGGAAUACGUAUGCGUUCAAGGAUGUCGAUGGAUACUUUGCCCUGGCCAAUGGAGACCCCACUGGAUAUGGAUACCACGGUGACUUCAUGUACGCCUGGGAAGAUGGCGUGCUGCAAGAGGCUAUUGACACUUGCACAAGCGAGUCGGGCGAAGUCAGCGCUUGCGAAAUCUUUGAUAUUCAAAGCGAGACGGAAGAGCGCGAGUGCUUCCUUGACUUGCCUUCUGCGCUUGAGAAUGAGAACGUCCAGAUGCAUGCUGACGGUCUGCCGGGCCCCAUGGGUAUUCAGUGGGGCCCAGCCUACGCUACUAUGGCAAUGGCAUCUUCCUCUACCACUUCCUCUUCGUCCACCUCGGCCUCCACCAGCACCAGUGCCCUAUCCGUCUCUGUCAGCGUUACGGUUGACUCUGGAAAGGUGCUUGGCCAUGCUGACAAUAUCAAUACCGCUGAAGCCACCACUAGGUCCUCUACGUCUACCUCAACGCCGACUCCUACUCCUACUACCUCAAUUCAAGUCGACCAGUACACCGAGGAGAUUAUUUACGUGAAGCAGGAGGUCAUCGUCAUGCUUGGUGAGGGCGGAGUCCCAUACACCACCAGCACCGGCUCUCAGACCACUGUAUCCACUGCACUGGUGACUGCUACUCAGACCUCCACCGUGGUAUCCUAUGUUGAGAAGAGAGACGAUACUCUUGCGGAACCUGAAAAACGGGAUCCCAGCGCCGAGAAGGAAGCCCGACAUGCUCAUAACCAUCGUCACCACUCGCACAAGAGACACGGUCACUAACGGACAUGUAAACGUGGUCUGGGAUGGGAACACGAUGCUGUGCGUGGCGUUCCUUCUCGUCGAUCGAAUUUCACCUCGAGUGCGGUUGCAGUUUCAUCGACUCCCUUGGAGUGUUGGACUAUGACUCGGGUCUUUUCUAUUCAUGUACAUGUUUGCUCUUGUAAAUGUCCUGGAUGCAUCCCCUGUCGAGGGGUGAUAAAUCCAUAUUGCUGAUACCAUCAAAUCUCACAAAACUUGCUUGACCUGAACAUAAAA